AUGGAAACAACACAGAGGCAUCUUCACCGAAAAUAUGGACCUGUAGUUCGUAUCGCACCAAACGAAUUAUCAUUUUCAACCCCCGCCGCAGCACGAGAUAUUUUUACAGUUGGCAAAGGUUAUCAUAAAACCGACUUCUACAGCGUCUUUCCGCCACCCGGAAACCCAGAUUUGUUUACGGAGGUGAAUGAAGCAGUCCACGCAACUAAGAAGAGGAUAGCUUCGACUGCUUACAGCAUGGCCUCAAUGCUAGAAAUGGAGCCGAUAAUUGAUUCUACCAGCAAAAUUUUGAUAAAACGACUUGAAGAAGAGUUUAUCGCGAGGGAGAAGAGGCCAUGUGAUCUCGGAAAGUGGUUGCAUUUCUAUGCAUUCGAUGUCCUGGGUGAAGUAGCCUUUUCUCAGCAAUUUGGCUUCUUGAAAGCUGGAGCAGAUGUCGGAGACACCAUUCACGGGGUGGAAGACACUCUCUCGUAUUUUUCCAUCAUUGGACAGAUUCCGGAAUACCACAAACUUGCGCUGGGCAACCCCCUGGUCAACCUGAUCUCAAAGCCUAAAGGGUCCUUGAUCACGAAAAUAGCCAUGGGUGAAAUACAACGGCGAAAGGCGAUGGAAAAUGGGGAACUUACAAGGAAGGACCUACUUAGUCGUCUUUUCUCAGCCGCGGAACAGCAUCCCGGCAGGUUCACGGAAAUGGAUGUUUUCAGUAUUGCACACGGAGCUGUAUUUGCCGGCUCUGACUCGACUGCUUCAACUAUGCAAUCCACAUUCUACCACGUCUUGCAAUCCCCAGCAACAUAUGCAAAGCUCCUGGAGGAGAUCAACGAUAAGAUCGCUGCUGGAUUACUGUCAGACCCGGUUCAGUAUUCCGAAGCCAUUUCCAUGCCAUAUUUCCAGGCUGUACUGAAGGAGGCUAUGCGGAUGCGUCCUGGUGUUGGGAUCAGUAUGACACGCCAUGUUCCCGAUGGGGGUGCUCAAAUUGAUGGGCAGUUUUACCCUGGUGGGACCCGGGUCGGCGUAAAUGCCUGGGUCGUGCAUGAAGACAAACAAGUCUUUGGUGAGGAUGCUAAUAUCUUUCGACCUGAACGAUGGCUAGAAGCCAAUAGCAAGUGUAUGGAGAGGCAUUUAUAUCACGUCAGUCUGUCCAGAUCUAUUGGCUACUAUCUUUGCUAA